UUUCAAGAACAGCUCAAAUAAAACUAUGCAAAAGUAGCUAGAGCAACUAGAAAUCCCAAGAGGACAAUCUUUCACAUUUGAUUCUAAUAGGCCAUUUAUUUAUUACUAUUCUGUUGCCAAACCAUUACCUGAUAAUAUAGUUGAUGAUUUAGUUGUUUGUUGUUAGAUAAGAACCUGGUUAAUAAAAUAGUUGCCCAAAGUUUGGUUUUUAAUGGCUAGUACGACAGCUCACAUUUUAAUAGAGAAACAACAACCUAAGUUUGUGACUCAAAAUUUUAUUUUGGACAUAUUCAUUUAUAGUUGGUUAUCAGAUGGGCUGGCAAACUUGAAAAAGGAAUUGACAAAUAGAUUAAGCAAAUUGAUAGUUGAAAAUGAGAAAUUAGAAAGGCUAGUCGAUAUAUUUACAUAAGAAAUUGUCUCAGUUUAAGAAGAGUUUUCAAAAUUUCAUAAAUCAGAAUACCUUCUCAAUUAUAAUGAUAGUUGUGUACAACCUUUAAUAGUAUUUCGAGAAAAAGGAAAAAAUGAGAACUAAUCACUAAUAAAAAGAAUUGAUGAAUUAAAUGUUGAUGACGAUAGUAGAGAUUCAACAUUAUCAUCUUCCUAAAUUUCUCAAACACUUACAAAUAAAGACAUUGAUAGAAGUAAAUCUGAUGUUAGAGAAGUCACAGCAGCACUUUAAAAUAGUAAGAUGAGAAAAUUUACCAAGUAAAUGGAAAAGAUGACACAAAAUGUUUUUUCAGAAUUAAUUAAAUAUAAUGCGUAAGAUCAAUAAUGGCAAAUAGCUAGAUAAUUUGUUGUCAUUAUAUUAGAAACUAGCAUUUAGUCUGAUCACUAUUUAAAAACCUAAGAAAAAGUUAGAUUUUUAUAGCCGGCUUUGCUUUUUUAUAAAAAGGCAUUAUAGGUUUGGAUUCUGGCAAAAUUUUCAUCUCAAUAAUUUAACUAAGCAACUAGAAAUUCGUAAGAAAAUAAAGUAAGAAUAUAAUAGUAAUCUAGAUGAUAUUCAGCUAAUUCUUAUGUAAAGCUAAAAACUUUAUGGGGAAAUUUUGGAAUGAAAAACUAGUUAUCCCUCUGCAUACAGUAUUUUAAAUUGCAGAGCAAACUUAUCCUGAAGUAUAAUAAGAAAAAAAUGUUAUCGAAGUAUGUCAAUUUUAAUAUUUUAGUAAAUGAAAAAGUUUUCUAUUUUAUUAAAGGAAAAACUCGUAGCAUUAUGGGACCAAAAUUUGGCUCAAUGCACAAAAUAGCUUAUUUAAUAAUAAUGA